UGCGGCAGAAGCCUGUGCACACUUUACGUCGUUGCAGCUCGGGACCACCUGGGAUGGGGACCGGGCAGGGUGCACCGCCCUUGCUGAAUGAGAAUGUGGGCGGGGCCCGGGGCGUGAGGACCGGAUAGUGAUUGAAAGUGACUAGCAGAAGGAUUUGGGUUGGGUAUUAGAGAGAUAGAGAGAAAGAGAGAGAGAGAGAGAGAGGGAGCGAGAGAGAGGGAGAGGGGUGGGGGGGAUGGGCGAGUGAGGGAGUGAGCGCCCUUCAGCAUCCCGAGUAAAGCUCGUAAAGUGUGCAAGAGAAGCAGGAAGAAGAGGAGGCGCGGAAACAACAGCGGAUGAUCGGCGCCGGUCCCGCCAGGAGAGGGGAGGACGGCGACCGUCCCGCGGAUGCGCGCGACUAGACAAUCAAGAGGGCCGGAGACACGGCCCUGACCUCGGCUUUGAGGCACGUAACUGUGUGAACGCCAUCCCGCACUCUCGGCGGCACUAUGGUUAAACUGCACGCCAGGAUCAUUCCCCAAAAGCAAACCCCGAAAGCCCAAUCGAGAAAGGAAGAGUGUCCCGGAUCCGUCCCGGGGGACAUUUGCAGUCACUUCUUCAUCGGCCAGUGAAAGUCAACCGAGGAUGUCCGACGUCUCCCUAUGAUCGGCACCCCAUGCGCGUCGCCCCUCCACCGAGCCCCGACCGCCACCCCGCCUGCCAUGCUCCUUUGGGUAGCGCUCUUGCUGCUGCACUGCUCGGCCUCCGCGCUGGGGGGCCAGUACGAGCUAUGCAAGUCUCUGGUGAGCACGGAUGACGGCUCCGUGUGGGAGCAUUACGCGUGCCAGCCUCGGGCUGAGUCCAUGAAAGACUACAUGAGGAUCAAGGUGGACCCGCCCGGCGUCACGUGCGGGAACCCGCCCGAGAGGUUCUGUACCCUGGAGAACCCAUAUCUGUGCAGCGAUGAAUGCGACGCCUCCAAUCCGGACUUGGCGCACCCUCCUCAGCUGAUGCAGGACCGCGAACGCAACGGUCUACUGACCUACUGGCAGACUGUCACGUGGAGGCGCCACCCGGAGCCCCUGCUAGCCAACAUCUCCAUGUCGUGGAACAAGAGUCUGGAGCUUACCGACGACAUCCACAUCACCUUCGAGUACGGCCGGCCCACCAUCAUGAUCUUGGACAAGUCCACGGACCAUGGCCGCUCCUGGCAAGCGUACCAGUACUACGCCGACGACUGCCUGGAUGCCUUCGGCAUGCCGGCCAAGCGCGUACGCGACCUGACGCCCGCCAACAUCACUCGCGUAAUCUGCACCGAGCAGUACUCACGCUGGGUGGGCUCCAAGAGCAACAAGAAUGUCACGUUGGAGGUACGGGCGCGCUUCGCUAUCUUCGCCGGCCCGCGGCUGCACAACAUGGACAGCCUGUACACGCGCAUGGAGAGCAUGAAGGGACUAAGGGACUUCUUCACCUUCACCAACCUCAGGCUGAGGCUCCUCAGACCCGCCCUGGGAGGCACGUACGUGCAGCGGGACAACCUGCUCAAGUACUUCUACGCCAUCUCCAACAUCGAGGUGCCUGCCAGGUGCAAGUGUAACCUCCAUGCCUCCCAGUGCCUGCUGCAGGACGGCAAUCUGCAGUGCCAGUGUGAGCACAACACCACGGGCCAGGACUGCCAGCGCUGCAAGAAGGGCUUCAAGGCCAAGUCGUGGAAGGCCGGCUCCUACCUGCCCGCACCUAACGGAACCCCCAACACCUGUACGAUUGCUGGUUCGCCCUCCGGUUCUAACUGUGAAUGCUACGGCCACUCCAACCGCUGCAGCUACCUCGAGUUCCUGAAAAUUGUCACGUGCGUCAGCUGCAAGCACAACACCCGGGGCCAGAACUGCCAACACUGCAGACUGGGUUACUUCCGCAACACCUCUGCUGAGCUGGAUGACGAGAGCGUCUGCAUCGAGUGCAACUGCAACCAGAUGGGCUCCGUCCACGACCGUUGCAACGGCACGGGCUUCUGCCAGUGCAAAGACGGCACCACCGGGGCCAAGUGUGACGAGUGUCUGCCGGGCUACUACUGGAAACAAGGCUGUUACCCUAAUGUUUGCGACGAGGAGAUGCUCCUGUGCCAGAACGGCGGGACGUGCUACCAGAACCAGAAAUGCGCCUGCGCCCCCGAGUUCAAGGGGGUGCUGUGCCAACAGUCGCGCUGCGAGGCGGGCAAGGACUGCAACGGCGCCACCGCGUGGCAGCCCUCCACCACCGCCUUGCUGCUUUGCACUCUGCUCGCCUGCCUGCUCGCCAUGCCGCCGCCCCACUGAGCCGCCGCCUGCACACAACCCACGAUUGUCUAUACACCACUAUUGAAAAGUUUGAGAUAUUUGGAUUCAGGGUGGAAAUUCAGGACAAACCUAAAAUGCACAAGAAACUUUAGAGGUGACUUAGUUUGACCUUCUCUAAAAUGACCAUAACUGCAAUAAGUUUGGUUUGACACUCCUGGCUUAGAGUGUCAGAGUGUGUCAUCUGCAGGUUGCAAAAGUGAUCCAGAAAGGCUGCAAGAGUUGCAGAAAAAUGCACAGAGUAUUAUAAUAGCAUUACCAUCAUUGUAAUUUAAAAAAAAAAAGAAUUGCACUACAAGAACAGCCAAUGUUUGAAGUAAUGCAGCACGACAGUCAGUGAGACACUAAAUAGCAACAAAGUAAAAGAAAAAAAGUACCAAAAGAGGCAAUUUAGCUUAAUGCUAACACGUAAUGAAAUGCCCAUUGAUGGGCUCACAAAUAGCAUCAGUCACGCCAUGAUAAUUCUUUUAGCAACAAAUACUUGAAGCAAACAGUGACGCAACAUAUCAACAGAUGACAUAACAAUACUUGCACGCAUAAAUUCUUUAUCCUCUACGAAUAACUCAUACUUUUACAGCUUACCAAGCAAUUGUGAGCAUCUUCAUGAAUAUAUGUUUUUCUGUAUUAUACUGCACCCAAGUGGUCAUGGUGCAUACACCACAGUGUCCAGUGAAAUGAACCAAAAAAAAUGUGUCAAAAAAUGUUUCGUUCUUUAAAUAUUAAAUUAUGUCAUGACUGUAUACCGUCGGUCAUAACUUGGGUCAGCUCGGGUCAAAAUAAGUUCAGCUGUGAAGGUUCAAUUGCAUUUUAGGUUCAUUCUGAAAUUUCACCAAAGCGGAACUUUUUGGUGAAUUGCGUGUACACGAGUAUGUGUGACCGCAGCACUCACUAAACACACGCACACACACUCACAAGGACACACAAGCCCACUAAGACACACCUCACAGGACUGAUGGAGUGUGUGUGCUCAGGUGCCCGAUGGACAAAAACAUGACAAUGAAAAAAACGAAAGCAAAAGAGACACAGGUGGAAAAAAAAAAAAGAAUAAUAUAUAUUGCAUAUAAUCAUACCAACCACUGUUCCCUUUAUUCCUGAGCAGGAGCAAUGUGCAUUAAACCAAAAAAAAAAAAUAGCAGAAUCACCUAAAUCAUCACUAUUUCACUUGAAAAUGGAAUGGCUGUCAACGCGAGGUUUUUGUUUGUUUUUUAGGGGGGCUUGCGAAGAGGCAAGCCGAGACCAGCGCGGUCCACCACGAGAACCAGGCUUCAUUUUUUGCCAAGAACAAAACACAAAAAAAAAAAACCACAGACUUGUACUCUUUCUGCUGCAUUUUGUGUUCCAACCAUAUCUUAAGUCCAUGUAUCUAAUGUGCCCACUUAACUGUUCGCUGAGAUUCUACAUAUAUUAUGAUAUUAUAUCAUAGCCAACGGGUUACGGCAGAUAGAUUUAGUCACAGUAUUACGGUUGCUGUGAGAAUGAGUGAUUGCCACCACACUUUAGCCAGACUUAAUCUUCGCACAGUAUACGGGAAGAAGUGUCAACCAGAGCGAGAAUGAAUAAUAUAUGGCAUUAUUUGAAUAUUUUUUGUAGAAAUUAUUUUUCCUUUCAGGUUACAAUAAAUUAUGGAGGGAAAAAAAAAAAGAAGUGACGUUUGCAACAAUCUGGGUGAGCAUUUUAUUACAUCCAUGUGGAAGUUUUGCAGUAAAUGAGUGGUAUUUGC